UAUUUAAAUUGGAGAAUUCCAUCCAUUAGCCUGUUUUCCGUUUGAGGACGCCUCUUUUUAAAUUGACACGGUUUUCCUGAAUAGUCUACAAUACAUUAUUAAAUAAGCAAUGGAAAGGUUUAUGGAAAGGUUCAUGUCAUACGGGACUUGUAUUGUCAAAUAAUGCAUUUUAAUUGACCAUCCCAAAAGCCCCGGUGUACGAUAUUAUGCAUAAUAGUUUCCUCUCGUCCGUGAAUAUACAGAAACGAACGAUGUCCACUCUUAUAAUAUGAAUAAUUCAGAUAUUUUUCUCAUCUCAUUCAUUGUCACCUUUGCCUUAAAGUAGCGAGGUUUUCAGGGGUUAGUCUUUCAUUUGCUGUUAGGUUGGGCAUAUUUGUUUCUUGUUUUAUCGAACUGCGAUAAUGCGCCAUCUGACACGGUUUUAAUAUAAUUUGUUAUCAAGUGUCUGAAAAGAACAAAGCUAUCCCCCUCGCCACUUCCUUUUUUUCAGAUGCCUCUUUAAUUGUUUGGUAUUUCGUAUUUGUUUAUUUUAAAGGGAGUGGAGUCUCUUUCUUUCUUUUUUCUCCCACUUUGUGUUUAAUGCUCCGUUUCGAGAGGCGCGUUGUACGGGUUAAUUUAGCGCGAGUUCCCCCGGCUCCUGUAGCGAUUAUUGCGCACAGUGGGGUUGCGUGCUGUUCGUUCCCUCGGAGGCGAUGCCCUUUUGCGGAGAGGUCUUGUCACAGUGGACAGACGGUACCCUCACAAUCAGGACGCAAGGACACAAAGAGAAUAAUUGCAUUAAAAAGAACCAUUCUUUCCGCAACUGCCCAGGAGGGGUGUUAACUGUGGGUGUUUGAGAGGCCCUUUGUUGCUUGAAAAGAAGUAGCCAAGAAUAUGCACUGUGGACGAGCUGUAUGUUUUAUGAACAGUGUUACUGUAUACUGUUAGGGCGCUCGCACACGUCUCUCUACCUCUUUGGUUCGCGGAAAAGUCAGUGCUGUGCAGUUUUAACAGAGAAACUGGUUUGAAUAGUUUGAAAGACAAAAAGUUUAUGGCGUAUGUUCUUUGCGCAUUGGAUUUGGAGACCGCUGCGCGCCUCCAGUAAUUUAUCUAACAGUACAUUCUCAAAAUUAGUCUUUUCUCUAAAUCUUCAUGUUACUGUCUGCUAAGUUUUUCAUUUGCCACCAAAAGCGUUCGUAGCAUUUUUUUCCCUUGGGAAUUUGAGUUCUCAGCUCCCUUAAACGCCUCACAUUUGUAACAAAUUCAUUAUAAAAGGGGGGCGUGGAAGUGAAAACCUUCAAUCAUAGGCUACCUCAAUUUGUGGAUAUUUCUUCGAGGGAUGCCAAUGGACAGAUACGCUGACAUGGAGGACAAACUGCGCAUUUUGGAGGACCUGAACAUGAUGUACAUUCGCCAGAUUGCUCUGAGUUUACAGGACAGUAACAUCCAGAAGAAAAUAGACCAUGAGAUCCGGAUGCGUGACGGGGCCUGUAAGCUGCUGGCUGCGUGCUCCCAGAGAGAACAGGCCCUGGAGGCCUCCAAGAGCCUGCUCACCUGCAACACCCGCAUCAUGGCCUACAUGUCGGAGCUGCAGAGGAUGAAGGAGGCCCAGGUCAUGCAGAAGGUUGCACUAAGGUCAUCGGACGCAGGGCCCACGGACGACAGACUACCCUGCAAAGGAAAGGUGGCCAUCUCAGACCUGCGGAUCCCUCUCAUGUGGAAAGACACAGAGUACUUCAAGAACAAAGGAGAGCUGCAUCGGUGUGCAGUGUUCUGUCUGCUCCAGGUGGGGGCGGAGAUCCACGACACAGACAUGGUGAUAGUGGACCGGACACUCACCGACAUCUGCUUUGACAACACCAUAGUGUUCAGCGAGUCCAGCCCGGGAUUUGAGCUGCGCGUGGAGCUGUACAGCUGCUGUUCAGAGGAGGACUACUCGACAGGGAGCACGCCUAGGAAACUAGCCAGCAAACUGAGCAGCUCUCUGGGCCGUUCGGCAGGAAAGAAGCUCCGCGUCGCCAUGGACCCUGGAGCCUGCAGCCCCAUCAGCAACGGAGGAGGAGCCACACUGCUGCUGCCUCUGCCCACAGUGGUGGGACCGAAGUACCAUCUCCUGGCCCACACCACCCUGUCACUGUCACACGUCCAGGACAGCUUCCGCACACAUGACCUCAGCAUCUCGGGCAACGAGGAGUGUUCACACUGGGUACCUCUCUACGGCAAUGUGUGUUGUCGCCUGGCUGCCCAGCCUCACUGUAUGACCCAACAGAUGAUGAGCGGCAGCUUGAAGGUCAAGUUUGGAGGUGACGCUCAGAGUUGGACAAACGUCUACGGCGUCCUUAAAGGGACAAACCUUUUCUGUUAUCACCGGCAAGAGGAUGUAGAGGCUAACAUAGAGCCAGCUUUUACCAUUUCCAUCAAUAAGAAGACGAGAAUACGGGCGUCGGAGAAGGACCUCCACAAUAAGGCCCAGAGCAUCUGUAUCAGUAACCAUUAUGGAGGAGAGGAGGUGACACACACACUCUCAGCAGACAGUCGUGAAGACACACACCGCUGGAUGGAGGCCUUCUGGCAACAGUUCUAUGACAUGAGCCAAUGGAAGCAGUGCUGUGACGACCUAAUGAAGAUUGAGCUGCCAUCGCCCCGGAAACCAACCCUGGUCACAUCGAAACAGGGUUCUCUUUACCAUGAAAUGGUUAUUGACACCUCUGAUGACAUCAGCACGGUGACGGACAUCCUGGCGCGGCGGAUGCAGGAGCUGGAGCUGAGGAGCCAGCUGGGGACCUCUCCUCCCUGGAUGUCCCUGUUCGAGGACUCUCCUGGUUGCCCCCGCACCCACAACCGCCUCCCCCACAGCCUGCGCUGCCCCCGGCCCGGCCUGCUCUCCUCAGAAGCCAGCCUGACCUCGGACAGCGACAGCCCCUGCAGCACCAGCCCUUGCUCCCGCCACAGUGGCUGGGCAGAGCCCCUCUCCCUCUCCUCCCCCUCCUCACACUUCCGCCCCCGCACCCUCUCCCUGGACGCGAAGCUCAGCACCCUCAGGGGCAGGGGGUGUGGAGGGGUGUUACUACAGUGCUCCUGUCAACCCCCCUCCUCCUCCUCCCUUGCUCCCAUCCCAGCCCAACGCGUCCCCCAGGCCACCCUGUCCUGCUCCAACUCUACCUCCAGUAACAGCUCCAGCGAGGGAAGCCACAGCCCUGAGUUGUCAGAUGGCACCCCUUUCUCACACCCCUCUUCGGCCCGUCAGAGCCUCAGGAACUUGAGGGCUAAACUGGACCCCCGGAAUUGGCUCCAGAGCCAGGUAUAACCCAGCUCAGACCCCCAAAUCACCCAAGGCCCUGGUAAGAACUGACAGGAAGGAAGCCCCCACUUCCUCUCUGAUGAAAGGGCCUUGGUGUUAACUGGAAUGACUUCACUCUAAUGACAGGAGAAUUGUCAGUGUAUGGGAAUGUUUAGUAUCUGAGUGUGGUCAUAGGUUUGUUGGUGUAACUUGUGUGAUCUAUUCAAAUGGCUAGACCCACUGUCGUCGGUAAUGGCAAUUAAAUCCUGCCAGAAAAAGUCCUCUGAAACUACUAAUACACUGAUUUGCUUAUUGCAUGAUUGUGCUCGAAGUCAAGGAAUGUGUUGUUUCAGAUCUUUAAACUGCUCAGAAAGUGAAUGAAUUUUGAAAACUCAACUUAAUGCAACUGUGCUCCCAUUAAUUUACUGUGCUACUUGUUACUACUACUACUACUGUGAUAACAUCCGGGUCACUUCCUCUGCUGGGUUUCCAGAACUUCCCCUACAUUCAUGAACACAUUCUAGGCCUAAUAGACAUCAACCAAUAUUUGAGUUCACCAGGACAUUCCGUUAAGAAACCGACUGCAAUUAUUUGUACCAAUGUAUGGAGUAAUUAUAAUGAAUUGAAGGAAGCCAAAGGUAAUGUACUACAUAAUCACGAGAAGCCAUAUUAACUCCUGUUACACUGCCUCAUUCAAGUACCGUGAGCAAAUGUACUGACUUUGAAGAGCGUAGAACCUGGGAAUGUGUAUACAUGGGUGAAGAGUUUUGGAAUCCCACAACUCUGACCUCUUAGUUUGUGGUACGACAGUCAUAAUGUUAUGCCCGGCAAACCGGUCUCAGAAUUCUGCUGCAAUACCAUAUGAAACAUUGUAAUCGAUCAAGUAUGCAAUGCAGGACAUAUUGAUUCUAGAAAAUAUUGUGUCGUGUUUUUUUUUUGUCUUGAAAUAGUGUAGUCUUUCACCUAAUGCCAAGCAGCUGAUUGUAUUGGUUAAGUGAUGAGGUGGGCAGGGGUAGGUGUGUCUCUGGUCUGUGCAGUAAAGCCUAACAAUCUCUGUGCUUCUAAUGGACUUUCUAACAUGCUACUGUGUCACAAGGGCUCGCAGCUGGCUCACUCCUUUUUACUCAGAGCAAAACAACUGUACAUGCUUCAAAGUGGCAUUUGUUACUGUAAAGUUAUUUUGUAAUAAGUUAACAAAACUCUUUUUCUUAUACAUUAUACAUGAUUGAUUUUGUUAUAAAUACAGCUAUAUUGAUUUAUUUUUAACAGAUUGCAUAUCUAUAACUUUGUCUAAUAGAUAACAUUGAAUGUUAACCUUGCAAAAGUGUCUUGUGUUAGCAGACUGUCUGCAUGCAAGUCAUCCCAGGGGAGAAAGGAAUAAGAACUGUCAGUCAUGUUUUAAAUACUGUAUUAACAUAACAAUAAUAAAUGAUGUAUCCAUUCAGAAA